UAUGUGAUGUUAAGAUGGACUGUUCUGAUCUCAAAAACCCUAUCUGCAAAACGGGUAUAUACCAAAUCAAUAUGAACAGCACAUUUAAUGUACUCUGUGAAAUGAAUGAUAAUGGAGGAAGCUGGACAGUAUUCCAGAGAAGAAUGAACGGCAAUGUUGAAUUUUACAGGGAUUGGGAUUCUUACAAACUAGGAUUUGGAAAUAUGAGUGAAGAGUUCUGGCUAGGUAAUACAUAUUUACAUUUAUUGACAAACCCAGGCAACUUUACUAUGAGAAUCGAAUUAGAGGAUUUUGACGGAAAUCAUCGUUAUGCUGAAUACACACAUUUCUCUAUAAGCGAUGAAAGUUCUGGAUUCAAACUGAAAUACAGUGACUAUACAGGAGAUGCAGGAGAUGCGCUUGCGACUCAUAAUGGACAGAUGUUUUCGACUAAAGAUAAAAAUAAGAUCAAAUGUGCCCAGGAAUUUAAAGGAGCUUGGUGGUACAAUGCUUGUCACCAUAGCAACCUGAAUGGUCAGUAUUUGAGCGGAAGGCAUGCGUCAUAUGCUGAUGGUUUGAACUGGUUUGAAUGGAGAGGACAUUACUACUCACUUAAAUCGACAAGAAUGAUGUUCCGUAGAGCAUAACAAUCACUCAUGUGUAACUUACAGUACAGAUCAUUGUUAACGUCACGACCGCUGCUCAAUCUUAAUAUGACACUCAAUAAUAACAAAACAAUCAUUUGAAAAUUUGAAACAGUUCGACUCUGCUAUUCA